AAGAUUAAAUUAAUGGAGAAAGAAAAAUCUAAUUGCUAUGGAACACUGGUUAUUCUUCUGGGUGAUUGUUUUAUAUAUGGGCAAAGCUUUUUAAAAGAUCUGCAACGGGUUCUUAAUUCCUCCCACCGAAAUCCCUUCAUCUGCUGCUUUGUACCCGGUCUUAGAAAAUUGCUUGUAACUUGAUCGUCUGCUAUCAUACCUGCUUCAAGUGAAAAUGCUGCAGGUUUAUCCCUGGCAACUUCAUUCCAGUAUUUUCCACUCUCCAACUACAAUCAUAAAAUGUCAUUGCCAACCACUACUCAUCUCAAUCUCACAGCAUUAUGUAGAGAGGGCCAGUUGAAGGAGGCACUGCACAUUCUGCUUACUACACACAAUCCCCCUGAAGACUACUCUACAUAUCUUCAAUUAUUGCAGUCCUGCAUCCUCAAAAAUGCGCUUUCACAGGGGAAAAAUGUCCAAUCUUUCAUUGCUCACAGGCGAUGUGCAUUUGCUGAAAGCACAACUUUUCAGAAUAACCUUCUUAAGAUGUAUGUCAAGUGCGGAAGUUUGGUUAAUGCCCGUAAAGUGUUUGACCAAAUGAAAAAACGAGACAGCUUCUCAUGGAAUACGAUUAUUGCAGCGUACAGAAGGCAUAGGUAUCCUCACGAGGCAGUCUCACUGUUUCGCCAAAUGCAACGAACAGGCAUCCAACCCAAUCAGUUCACAUUUGCUAGCGUGUUUCCAGCCUGUGCCAAAAUAGGAGCUUUGGAACAAGGUAUGGACAUCCAUCAAAGCAUAAAGGAUCAAGGAAUUUUGUCAGAUGUUGUAGUUACAAAUGCCCUGGUAGACAUGUAUGCAAAAUGUGGAAGAAUAGACAAGGCACGUGAACUGUUUGACAAAAUGCCUCAGAGAGAUGUUGUCUCAUGGAAUACAAUGAUUGCAGGAUACACACAAAAUAGUGUUCUUGAUGAGGCUGUAAGGCUUUUCGAGGAAAUGCCUCAAAGAAAUGUGAUCUCAUGGAAUGUGAUGAUUGCAGGAUAUGAACAAAAUGGAUUUGUUGAGAAGGCUUUAGAAACUUUCCAGCAAAUGCAAUUGGUAGGUGUAAAGCCAGAUUCCGCAACCUUUGCUAGCAUCCUUCCGGCCUGUGGUAAAAUGGGAGCUUUGGAACAGGGUAUGGACAUCCAUCAAAGCAUAAAGGAUAGAGGAAUUUCCUCAAAUGUUGUAGUUGCAACUGCCCUGUUAGACAUGUAUGCAAAAUGUGGAAGCAUAGAUAAGGCACGCGAGCUGUUUGACAAAAUUUCUCAAAGAAAUGUGGUCCCCUGGACUGCGAUGAUCUCAGGAUAUGCACAAAUUGGAUUUGUUGAGAAGGCUUUAGAAACCUUCAAGCAAAUGCAUUUGGCAGGUGUAAAACCAAAUCCCGCAACCUUUGCCAGCAUCCUCCCAGCCUGUGCCAAAAUUGGAGCUUUGGAACAAGGUAGGGAAAUCCAUCAAAGCAUAACAGAAGGUGGAUUUUUGUCAGAUGUUGUAGUUGCAAGUGCCCUGGUAGACAUGUAUGCAAAAUGUGGAAGCAUAGACAAGGCACAAACAUUGUUUGACACAAUGCCUCGAAGAGAUGUUGUCUCAUGGAAUGCCAUGAUUGCAGGAUAUGCACAAAAUGGAUUUGCUGAAGAGGCUUUGAAAACAUUCGAGCAAAUGCAGUUGGCAGGUGUAAAGGCAGACUCCACGACCUUUGCUAGCAUCCUUCCAGCCUGUGCCAAAAUGGGAGCAUUGGAACAGGGUAUGAAUAUCCAUCAAAGCAUAAAGGAUCGCGGAAUUUUGUCAGAUGUUGUAGUUGCAACUGCCCUGGUCGAUAUGUAUGCAAAAUGUGGAAGCAUAGACAAAGCGCAUGAACUGUUUGACAAAAUGCCUCAAAAAAAUGUGGUCUCAUGGAAUGCCAUGAUUGUAGGAUAUGCACAAAAUGGAUUUGUUGAAAAAGCUUUAGAAAUCUUUAAGCAAAUGCGAUUAGCAGGUGUAAAGCCGAAUUGCACAACUUUUGCCAGCAUUCUCCCUGCCUGUGGCAAAAUGGGAGCUUUGGAACAGGGUAUGGACAUCCAUCAAAGCAUAAUGGAAGAGGGGAUUUUGUCAGAAGGUGUGGUUGCAAAUGCCCUGGUAGACAUGUAUGCAAAAUGUGGAAGCAUAGACAAGGCACGUGAACUGUUUGACAAAACGCCUCAAAGAGAUGUUUUCUCAUGGAAUACCAUGAUUGCAGGAUAUGCACAGAAUGGAUCUUGCAAAGAUGCUCUCAAAAUCUUUGAAUUAAUGAAAUCCUCUGGGACAUGUCCUGACACUGUAACCUUUGCUUGUGUUCUAUUUGCGUGCAGCCAUGCAGGUUUAGUGGAUGAGGGCAGUGCUUACUUUAAUCACAUGAAUAAACUUUAUUGCAUUACACCUACAGUUGAUCAUUAUGUGUGCAUGGUUGAUCUUCUUGCCCGUGCUGGCCAUCUUGAAGACACUCUAAACUUUAUCAUUAAGAUGCCCAUUAAACCUAUGGUGGUUGUGUGGAUGUCUUUUCUUGCUGCCUGUAAAUCACAUAUGAAUAUAGGCUUAGCAGUAUUUACAGCAAUGCUGCUUUUUGAUUUGGAUCCUAAAAAUGCUGCGAUUUAUGUUCUUCUCUCAAACAUCUAUGCAGAAGUGGGCAGGUGGGGUGAAGUUCAGACGGUAAGGAGAUUGAUGAAAGAUGAAGGAAUUAAAAAGAUCCCUGGAUGUAGUUGGAUUGAAGAAAAUAAAAUGGUACAUGUUUUUUGUAUAGGAGACAGAUCUCAUCCACGGAUACAGGAGAUCUAUGCAAAGUUGGAGGAAUUGGCAUGGGAGAUGAAGGCAGCAGGGUAUUGUCCAGAUUCGAGACAUUUACCUAAUGAUGUGGAAGAGGAGGAAAAAGAAUUAUUUCUCUCCCACCAUAGUGAAAAGUUGGCGAUUGCAUUUGGUUUGUUAAACAUGCCUCCUGGAACAACUAUUAGAGUCGUUAAAAACCUUCGAGUAUGUACUGAUUGUCACACUGCAACGAAAUUUAUCUCCAAGAUUGUUGGAAGAGAAAUUGUUGUGAGAGAUGCCAAUCGUUUCCAUCAUUUUAAACAGGGACACUGUUCUUGCGGAGAUUAUUGGUGAUGCAAAAUGAAGGAAUUUUAAAAAUGGUCUUGCACCUUAAUAGUGUGCACUGCCAGACCUGCAGUAAUAAUGAAAGGGACAACAUUUUAUUUUUCAGUUUCUAGAAAGGCUUUUCGUUUUGUUGUUUUUGUUUUUGAGCAUUUGGCAAUUUAGAGCAUAUUUGUUUAAGACUGCUUUCAUUUAAUUGUUUUCAGGAAACCUGCAUGUACGAAACGAAAAGCUGGAGGAGGUGGAGGAUGGGUAAAAAAUGAAAGGCGAGGAACACAAAAAGUAAACAGAAAGAUGCUUGACCAUCAGGAAAUGGAGAGGAGGGUUCCCAAUCCACCCUUGCCAUUUUGUAUAGUUUUUGAAUUUCAAUUAAUUGUGUUUUCUUUUGUUUUUGAUAGGUUGAUUAUUUCAGAUUAAAUUGCACAUUGCAAGUUAUGUAUAUAUUGCAUAUAAGUACAUGUAGAUUUUGUCUAAUUUAUGGUUAGAUGUCUCUUGAAA